AUGCGUUACGCUUUUGCCUACGCCGCCCUGGUCUCCACGGCUUCGGCCCAUGGACUCGUCACCAUGAUCAAGGGUGACAAUGGUGUCAUGAUGCCCGGUCUCGGUGUCACUGACGGCACACCCCGUGACUGCUCCUCCAACGGCUGCGGCUCGCAGGCUGACACCUCCAUCAUCCGCAACCGAGACAUGCAGCAGAACCCUCUGGGUAAGACGCAGGGUACCGGCCCUGUCGACGCCGCCGUCAACGUGGCCGCCUUCAUGGGCACCAGCAAGAACGCGCCCAAGAACAACGGCGCCUCGGCAGGCGUCGGCCAGGAGGACGACCUCUCAGGCCUCCCCGCCGGCGCGGCCAAGCGCCAUGAGGAGCGCAAGAAUAUGGUCAGAGGGCUCUUUGGCGACCUCCUUGGCGGUGCUGCCGGCGGCGCUGGUGCUGCUGGCGGUGCUGCUGGCGGUGCUGCGGGUGGUCUCGGCGGUCUGCUCGGCGGAGCUGGUGGUGCUGGCGGUGCUGCUGGCGGUGCCGCGGGUGGUCUCGGUGGUCUGCUCGGCGGCCUCGGCGGCGGCGGCGGCGGCACCAAGAGUAACCUUGCCGCCGAGAGCAUGGUCGCCGACACGGCCGGCAUGGGUAGCACCCAGGGCAUGCCCACCUCGGACAGCACCGGCACCGUCAGCCUCGUGUACCGCCAGAUCAACCAGGACGGCGCAGGCCCGCUGACGGCCGCCGUCGACGGCACCUCGGGCGGCACGGACGCCAGCGCCUUCCAGCAGGCCGAGGUGACCAAGGACGUUCCCGGCCUCGGCAUCGGCGGCCUGUCCCUCGCCACCAACACCGACUUCCCCCUGCAGGUCAAGAUGCCCGCCGGCAUGACCUGCGAGGGCACCGUCGGCGGCGUCAAGAACGUCUGCAUCGUCCGCGUCCGCAACAGCGCCGCCGCCGGCCCCUUUGGCGGCUCCGCCGCCUUCACGCAAAACGCCACCGCCCGCAAGCGCGCCAUCGCCUACCGCCUUCGCAAGCGCAUGGAGAUUGCCCGCGAGGCCGUCCCCCAGAUCGACUACACCAAGGCUGACGCGGCCGAGGAGCUCGAGGAUGAGGAAGACGAGUAA